UCCACCAAUCUCCCAAUCUCCUCCCCGCACAAAUCUCUCCGCCUCCCCCUCCCCCCACCCCCUCCCCCACCCCCCCGCCGCAUUGCUCCCCGUGCACCGCCGGACCCGACUUGCCUCCGACGCCGGCGAGACGGCGCGCAGGAAGAGCGGGCGGGCGGCGGCGGCGGCGGACAAGGAGGAGGAGAUCGAGCGCGGCGGGGUAGCAUGUGCGACCUCGUGGCCCGCACGGGUCGCCACCAGCAACGCUACGAGGACGGGCGGCGGCUCGUCGCCGGGUGCAUACCAUUCAGGUAUAGAGUUGAUGAAACUUCUGGUGAUGAACAGAAGAAAGCCGUUGAGGUUCUCAUGAUAAACUCCCAAAGCGGACCAGGUUUAUUGUUUCCAAAGGGAGGAUGGGAGAAUGAUGAAACUGUUGAACAAGCAGCUGCUCGAGAAGCUAUAGAAGAAGCUGGAGUUCGAGGAGAUAUAGUGCAAUUUCUAGGUUUCUACGAUUUCAAGAGCAAGACGCAUCAAGACGCGUGCUGCCCCGAGGGCAUGUGCAGAGCGGCGGUGUUUGCGCUGCACGUGAAGGAGGAGCUGGCCUCAUGGCCCGAGCAGAGCACCCGCCGGAGGACUUGGCUGACGGUCCCUGAAGCCACGUCACAAUGUCGGUAUCAGUGGAUGCAAGAGGCCUUGCUGACGGGCUUCUCCGAGUGGCAUGACAACUGGAGCAAAAGCGACGGCGGGGGCGGCGGCAACCCGGUCUAAACGCUCCCUCUCUCGCUUUCCGCCUGUUCUUCCUCCCUAGGCCCCAACCUUGCACGCAAAUUGCAAUAAUACAGUGUGGUGCUUUUACUUGAUGAUGCCUAGUAGGUGGUCAUUGACCCUUGGUUCCUGGGAUUGAAGUCUUUAGCAUAGUGGUAUAUCUCAUCGAAGACGAGAAUUAUCACAAAUUUUAAGUGCCUGAUUCUCGCGGCGUCAUAUUAUUUCUCGAAAUUCAGCUUGAUUUUGAUUCCUUGCUCCUGAUUCUGGGGAUGCAUACCGCAAUGUAUUUACCAGACCUGAAAAUUGAAAAGUGUACUUGACUCGA